UUCGCCUCGUCUCCGCUAGGCCCGCUCACCACUCCUUUGUGUGGGGACCAGUACGGUGGGAAAUACGUACAUUCAGUUUAGGGCAAGCUGGGCUAGCCGUGGGGAUGUUGUGGCUGUAAAGCUAAUUUUGUCGAUGAGGGCAGAAGUUUUUGUUGCCUUCGUUGGUAUAUCUUGCUAACAUCGAUGUUAGCAACUAGCCUGUUCGUGUAAAUGCUAUUCACUAGAAUGGACCUGUUGAACUCUCAGUUCCUGGACAAGAUGAACAAUAACAUCGGGAGACUGCACUACGAAGAUGAGUCCAGGACACCCUCCCUGUCCAGUUCAAUGUCCAACAUAACUGGGCCUCCUCCACACUGCCCAGGCAAGCGAAAGUAUGGCGAAGAACAAAUGGAUGACCGAAUCAACUGUGAUGAUGACCACAUGACCAAAAUGAGCAGAUUGUUUGCCACUCAGCUGGCCCGUCCCUCUGCUGGAGACAACCGUAAUGAGCACUGGAGGCACAGUCACACUCCCGUGGAGCAAAUUACUUCCUCCUCUAACGGUCUCCAUGGGAAUCACCUGUAUGCCUCCAUUUCUGGCUAUGCUGUAGACCAGCCGCUGGCUUUGACCAAAAGCAGCCACGACAUUGGAGUCGGGGGUAGAGAUUGGUCUGUCGUGAGUGGGACUGCAGAGCGGCAACAGAAUCGGCCCUCUGUUAUUACCUGUGCCCCUGCGAGCAACCGCAAUUGCAACCUCUCGCACUGCCACAUGAAUGGCUCCUCACCCAGCCCUCCUGCUGAUCAAAGGAAGACCAAUGCUAACACAGUAAGUGAUCCUGUGAUUGAGGAGCACUUCCGUCGCAGCCUUGGAAAAAACUAUAAAGAAGCGGAGCCUGUGUCCAACUCGGUGUCCAUCACAGGUUCAGUGGAUGACCACUUUGCCAAGGCGCUGGGAGAUGCCUGGCUCCAAAUCAAGGCCAAGGGUGGGGGUCAUCAAACCUCAGAAUCAGAUCCAUGAGGCAGAGGGGAGUAAACAAUACAAUCACUUCCUUAGUGUUUGCCUGUGAGAGUGGAGAUUACUCACUGUCAUUUCUUGCCAAGCAUCAACUUCCCUUAGCAAAGAACAAUGUAAGACACACGGUGCUCACAUACACUGUUCCCUUGUGGACCUAUAGGUCAGAUUUGUACUCUAAAAUUGACAAAGUCUCUAUUGAAGAAGGCAAAAUAAAUAUUACAGAAUUGAGCUGAAAAUGUUAGCUGUACAAUCAUAGAUUUUAUUUUGCAUUGAUAAUGAGAUUCACAAAGUGUUUGGUUGUUAGGGGCUCAUGUUCUGUUUGACCUGCCUUUUCGCUUGCCUUGAUAGCCAAAGAACUUCUCUGCCUUUCCCAUCAACAUAUAAGCCAUAGAUCUGGUCUUUACUGUUUUCAUUCUUAAAUCACACUGCUUUUUCCUUUAUCUAUAUUACUUGAAAAGGACAGCCAGGUCUCAUUUGCGCUUUUAAGUUUCUGGUUGUUUGAUAGAAGGUUACCCGUUUUAUUUGCGACUAAUAUGUUCAAGGAUGGAGUUGCGUUUUAAAAUUGUGAUAAUGCAGUUAAGGCUCUGGUUCCCCCCUGCUUUCUGAAGACACUAGUCUAUGUGAUCCUGAACUGGACUUCCACUGUUAUCUAAACAAUUUUAGUUUCUCGUCUAUGUGCUCACUCUGGCUGAUUACUUAGCAAACUAAUAUCAAAUCAUAGUAGAUGUGUCUAGCUAGAAAGCAUGUUUCAAAUAGCUGGUUUCUAUUACAAACCUUAUUCUAUACUAUAUAUUUACUCAGAAUUUAUUUUUAUCUGUAACAUUUUAGAAAUACUCACUGCUGGUACAGUUGUACUCAAUAUAUUUUUUGUAUCUGAUCUGGUUUUCAUUACUAUAUGUAGGUGUAUAUCUUAGCAUCCUUCUACACAUCACAGCCUCUGGCAAGGUUGUCUGAAUGCAGUUUAAAAGGCUAUAUUGCUUUGUUAUUCUGUGGAGCUGGAUGCUAUAGCUUAAUACAUGACUGAAUACAGCUAAAUUGGACCUUCUCUAGCGCAGUCUGUUCGCAGUGAUUUUAUUUAUUCUGAAAAGGUUGAUUGUUUUAUGUUGGUAAAAACAUAGUGACACUAUAACUCUUUUAUUGGGUUCUUCUUUUAUUCUAAAUUGUAUUGACAGUUCACUGCCCUUUCAAACUAAGGUUUUAAUUCACAUGCAAUAAGGGUGUCUUUAAUUCACGAGUAGGCAUCAGCACACCACCGUGACUGUCUGGAGCUUAUCAGUCACUUCAGUUGUGUGUAGCAAGCACCUUUGUGUGUGUGUGUUUUUUGUUUUUUUUAUAUCAAAGUCUUGUCAUGGUGUGCAAACUGCAAAAACCUUCAUUUAGAGAAAAGUUGUGAUUUAAAGUUGCGUAACCUGUUUGUAAACACUGAUUAAGUAUUGCAGAUUCGUUUUUGGCAAUUAUCUGUUUGUGAAAACUCAUACAUAUGUAUUAAUAUUCUACAGUUAAAAAUUGCUAAAAUUGUUACAUAAACUAUCCUGUCUUUAUACUUCAUUUUACUCAUAUAAGACUAUCAUUGCGCCGCGCGGAAUGAUCAUAGAUAUUUUGUCUUUAUUCGGAGUAGUGUACUCAUAUUUAGCGUGGAUGUUAUCUUCUAACCAUGCUUUUUGUUUUGAAAUCUUUCUAAAAGUUGAUUAUUUUCCCACAUUUGUCAGAUGAUGAAUAAGUGCAGGAACACAACAGCAGUCCUUCGUUCAAAGACUCAGUGCAGUGUCAGAAAGACCUCUGUGCUAACGGUUUAACAAGUUUGUUUAUCUCUCUCUCUCUCUCUGUGUAACUUUGUGGAAUUUAGGGAUUAUUGUGGGAUCUGCUUGUUUGACACAAGUAGAUUUUUUCAGUAAUAUGUUUGGGGUAUUAGUCCAUUGUUAUUUAAUUGCUACAUGUAGACUACCUGCAUCUCAGACUGUUUGCAGAAAGAACCUGUUCAAGGUGUCAUCCAUAUAGAGAGAAAAAAAAGAAACACUUGUUCACUUUUGUCCUUAUGUCUCUAGAAGAGAAUGCCACUGUUUUGUACUUAAUUUCUUCCAAAUAAACAUACAAAUGCCUA